AUGCAUGGGUCUGAUCAUGCCGUCGUUGUUGAGGCAGCUCAGGGCAAUUCGCCUCAGCAGAAGCUCUGCCAACAACGGACUUCCGACGGGACUGUGGCGGAUGCUGCGCGCAGGAAGCCGGUUUACUCGUCAGCCCUAACGACCAUCGACGAGGUGUCGGAGGAGCAAGAAAAGGCAGAGGAAUGGAGGGACGAUGAUUAUGACGAUGAAGAGGAGGAAGCCGAUGGCGAUGAGAACAAGGAGAGGCAAGAGGAGGAUGAGGAGGAGCAAGAACGGAAUGGGGCGAACGAAGCGGUGGAGGAGGAAGAUGAUGCUGAUGAUGAUAAAAAGGAGAAGGAGAAGAGGAAAGGGGAGCAGGAGAGGGAUGAUAACAAGGAAAGUGAAGAGGGGUUGGAACAAGGGAAGGAAACUCGGGAGGAGGAGGAGGAGGAGGAGGAGGAGGAGGAGGAA